AUGGAGGCUUAUAAUGCAUCUGUCGUUUCUGAUGAAAGAAACAGCAAGUUUGACGUAGAGCAGGCCUUGAACGAGCUUCUGGACAAGUACACUGAGUUGACGAAGGAGACUGUCGAGGAGUACCGCAAUGAGCGAGAUCGCGAACGUGGGGUUGGGCAUUCGAGUGAGUCCUUGAUGGGGAAGCGGUCUGCCAAGGUGGGAGGGGACGAUGAGGGAGUUCGGAAGAGGAGGAGGAUGAGAAGUGACGACGAGAGUAGUAGUGCCACCAUGAGCAGCACCACAGCGGAGGUCCACAGGAGGGAGGGGACGCGGCGCGCCAUAGCCCUACUCGAUGUUGCCCAGGAAGAGGACGGAGACCACAAGGAAGAUGAUGAUGAUGAGGGGAGGAAGAGUCAUCACAAUAAGGGUAACAGUAAGACUUCUGUGAAGGGGAAGGUGAAGAAAAAGAGGCCGAUAUCUUUCAAGAUCACAGAUGCAGAACAGGUGACGAGGAAGUUCGUGAAGGCCAUGAAGGCGGAGUGCUUGACGGUGACCGAUCGGCAGAAGGCCCUGCGGGGUAUAUUUAUGGGCUCAUCGCCUGAACUUCGGGAGGCUGCUAUUGCUAAUUUUACGCACCAUAAGGGCCUCGAGCUUAUCGGUAGUUGGAUGAAGGAGGUGAAUAAAGACAAGGACCCAGAAGUGGGGCCUAUGCUGGUUUACUUGGGGUGUUUGGAGCGAGUGGUCAUGACCGUUGACCUGCUCAGAGCGACCAGUAUCGGAAAGAUGGUGACGGCCAGUGUGAAGGCCUUCAGUGGGAGGUCGGAGAUGGUGGUCACUAAUGGUAGACGUUUGAUCGAGAAGUGGAAGAAGAUUGCUUGCUCGAGCGGAGUGUCCCCUGGUGGGACGAAGCCUCAGAGCAUCACGUCCCCUCCUCCCCCUCCUCCUGCAACUCCUCCAGGCGGCUUCAAGCCUGUGAUCGCGGCUAAGUCCAGCGCCCCUUAUGUCCCUGUUGUUGCCGCUAAGUCGAGUGCACCGCCUCCCUUAUCUAAGUCUCCUACCACCAAUGACAGCUCGGUUCCUGCCACGGCUGCUGCUACCGAAGCACCUUCCCCCCCACCCUCGAGGAGUGUUGGAAGUCCCCAGGCUGCGGCAUCGAAGUCUCCAGCACUCACGCUUCCUGUUGGUCGACGACGGCCGGCUGGUAUGGACUCUUUGGAGGUGCGGGGCUCGCCUAUGAACUCCCCACACUUCUCUCCACCUCCAGCUGUCCAGAGUGGAUCAGGAAAGAGUCCUUCCGUUCCCUGCAAAGACAGUGAUACGGACCGUUCUAAGGUGUACUCGGAAGGUAGGCGGAGCUCUACCGAUGAUCUAGAGGGGCUCAUGGACCUCAUGAGCCCCGGGGGGAGAGACGACGACGAUGCCCGAGAGGUCUCCAUGAAGAAUGUUACGGCUGAAGAUGAGGAGGAGACUUCCUUCGGGGCUGUGCCCACCAACAUAGAGGAAGAUGAUGACAUGGCUGACAUCUUAGGGUUGAUGGAUCUGCCCGGUACCACUCCGGGCGAGUUCGAUGAUGACGAUCAUCCCGCGGGCCUGAAUGGGGAUCGAGCGGGGGUCUCUGCUGAGGAUGAGGGAAAUGGGCAGUCGAGGAAGCCGAGGUUACAGUGGAAGAAGGAUGAGGAGCUCGUCAAUAUGGUCGUUUUCAUCAAGAAUGAGCCGUUAUGGGACACUGUCCAAGCCAUUAACGAUGCUCGUGGUACUCACGUCACCUACGUUGAGCACGGACACACAUCCAAGUUCAUGGAGCAGCGUAAAAAGGAGGACGCAAUGGGUGGUACGCAACUCCGGCACCAAUACGGUCAUUUAGACUCUGCCCCUGCGGCAACUGGGGCCUCGCCAUCCCGAGGGAAACGGUCCACUGCAGCUGCUUUGCUCGCGAGCCUCGGUGGGUCUUCGUCGUCAUUGGAAGAUUCCAACACCGCUACUUCCGACAACAUUGGGGAGAAGGUCAUCUGGCUGAAACAGCUCCCUAUGGUGAUUCUGCCGACUGAUUGUACGCGUGUCAUUGGCCAGCUGAAGAGCUACGAACGACAGGACCUUGCUGAUCUUCAUGGUGGACGUACUGAAGUUUUUUACUCGCCUGAAGCGGGUGUUCGCAUACCGGAUUCUCCGGCCGAACCCGCUCCUGGUCGCUCGGUGUUCCUCAUGGCGCCUGAUGCGCUGCAGAACGAAACCGUUGAGGUGAAGCUGAAGGUGAAGGACAGUAAAAGUCGUAAAAAGGCCGCAUCUGCGGUGGCAGUGCCCCCUAGGGCUGACGAGGAUACGGGCGUUGUGGUCCUGGACGAGGGUCUUGAGGGCUCCCCUGGUGCUCCCCAACAGCCGUCCUUAACGGAGGUUUCGCCUGUCAGUAGCGACGAUAGCGUGCCUGGUGUACAGGAUCAGGAGGACCAGAUAUUAGCAGCGUUGAUUACGGCCUCCACCGGUGGCCCUAUAGGUGACGGGAAGGGCCCAUUGGGGUCGGCUGCUGGGGAAGUGCGGUUCGAGAGUGAAUUCGUGAAGUUAGAUCCGGGGCUACAGGAAGCCAUCAUCAAGAGUGAGCAGUUCCUGAAACUGUUCCAGGACCAGCCGUGGUUGAUGAUAAACCUGACAACAGACUCUCUUGGUCGGAUCGGGAAGAUGAUGGACCUGUACAGGGAGAAGGCGAAGGAAGAAGCAGAGGAGGAGGCCCAGAAGAAGAAGCGAGAGGCCCAGGCCCAGGCCCAGCAGGCCCAGAUGGCCGCGGAAAUGCAGGCCAAGUUGGGUCACAGCCCUUCCCCUACUCCUGAUGAUAUCUCGAGCUCAGCGGCAGAGUCGUCACCGAGUCGGACGGCGGAGAGCUAUGAGAAGCGUGGUUGGGGGGUUACGUCUAUCCUUACUAGUCUCAAGGAGCAGGUUCGAACUCACGUGAGGAGUGAGGUAGCGGCUGCUGCUACGCAUAGCACCCCUUCUGGUGGUGGUAAGGGCUGGCUUGGUAGCUACGGUCGGGGAGGGGGAUGGUACCCAAGCGUGCCUGGUGGGGGGUCUUCUACUUCGUCCAAAGGGUAUGGUGAAGGUUGGGAUGAUACCUCUGGUGGGCAAGGUUGGGCAUCAUCCACGAGGAAGCAGGACGGUGAUGGUUCGUACCACCUCCCUUCUGAACAUUCAGUAUCGUCCUCGUCUGGUACCACUGGUUAUGCUGACGCCAGUCGUAGGUACGGUGGUGGUGCUGAGAGCUACAAGGAUCGUUAUACGAUGGGUGGUGGGAAGGGAGGUGGGAGGCAUGGGGGCUAUGGUGGUGGUCAGCACCAAGAGGAAUACGGAAAGGGUGGUGGAAAGGGCGGAUACCAUGGCAAGGGUAGUGGGGGUUAUAAGGGUGGUGGUGGAUACGGCUGGGGAGGAGCUUCUGGAGGGUAUCGGGGCAACUCUGGUGGAUGGAACAACAAACGACAGCAGCAUUGGCCUUCUCCUCCUCCUUCCUCUACUACCGAUGGUGCUCCCUCUCGGCCGAACAAGCAUCCUCGAACCACUGCUUACUCCUCUUCAUGGAAGUGAGGUUCAGUCGUUUUCGUCCAUUAUUGUCACUAUUCUGUGCCCUAUCACCGCUCAUAAUAGUCGUAAAUUCGUUCUGUGUCACCAUUAUCGCCUCCAAUUUGUGUAUCAUUGGAAGAUCAUCUUCCUGGACAACCGCCAUCACCGGCCCUCUCCUGCUUCUUCUCUAUGGGAUCCGUCGGU